GAUGCCCACCUCAUUUUCUUAUCCUGUUUUUUUUUUGUUUAUGAUUCUUUUUUUUUCAUUCUUUCUCACUCAAAUCAUACACUAUCUUCCCUUCACUUUCUCUUCAUUAUUGCCCUUUACUCUUAUAACCCAUUAAGGCAACUCAAAAAGAGCAUCAAUCCACAUAAGAGAAUUUGAAUUACUAUACUUAAAAAUGCCCAAUUUAGUAUCUUGGACAAGGGAGGAGGAGAAAGCGUUCGAGAACGCCAUUGCAACUCAUUCGAUUGAUGAAUCGAACGAGAAAUGGGAUAAGAUUGCUUCGGUGGUUACGACAAAGACCAUCGAAGAGAUUAAGCAACAUUAUGAGUUUCUAGUUGAGGAUGUAGGAGCAAUUGAAGCAGGGAAAGUACCUCUUCCUAAUUAUGGUACUGAUGAAACUACAUUAUCAACUUCUAGUAAUAAAGAUGAUGAUCAGCAUAACCCUUCUUAUUCUAAGGACCAGAGAGGAAACUCCAAUCAAGGAAAUGGGUAUUCUGUUUUUGGUUCUUCUGCAAUGGGAAAUAGCAGUAAAUCAAGCUCGAAAUUAGAUCAAGAGCGCAAGAAAGGCAUCCCAUGGACCGAAGAAGAGCAUAGAUUGUUUUUACUAGGGCUUGACAAAUUUGGGAAAGGUGAUUGGAGGAGCAUAUCUAGGAACUUUGUGGUAACAAGGACACCAACACAAGUAGCAAGUCAUGCCCAGAAAUAUUUUAUAAGACUCAACUCAAUGAAUAGAGAUAGAAGAAGAUCUAGUAUUCAUGACAUUACUAGUGUGAAUGGAGGAGGACUAUCACCAAAUCAAGCACCCAUUACAGGGCAACAGAGCAAUAAUACUGCAGCUCCAGCACUAGGUACAGCAGCAACCGGAGUACCAAAUAAGCAUAGGGCUCAGCAUAACGUAAAUAUGGCGCCUCCCGGUAUGGCAAUGUAUGGUACACAAAUGGGACACCCAGUACCAGCCGUGGCACCUCCGCCACCUCAUCAUAUGGCAUCUGCUGUCGGGACUCCUGUUAUGCUUCCUCCUCCCGGUCACCCUCAUCAUCCCCACCCCCAUCAUCAUCACCAUCCGCCCCCUCCUUACGCCGUCCCAGUUGCUUAUCCAGUCGUACCUCCCUCGAUACAUCGAUGACAGUGCUUGUUCCAAGUUCCAGUCUUGCUGCAGUCUUGAUGUUGACACAUGACACCUGUAAGCAGACUAGGCUCAUCGGCCAAGACCAUUGAGCCUGAACCGGCUUCAUCAGCAUUGCAUUUAUGGAUUUGAUGCUUUUAUAACAACCCUUGAUUUCUUUUUGGUAUUAGGAUAGUUGCUUCCUACAAGUACAGCCAUUUACCUUCUUCCCCUUUCUUCAUAUCAUGGAGCAAUUUGGAGUAAGAGGCCUUUCUUGUUUUUAAAGAAAAUCGGUUUCCGUAUAUACCAAUGUAUAGGAAACUAAAAUUUAUUCCCUUUUCAAUGUAAUUUGAAUUCUAAUGUUACCUUUUCAUCUUAUGGUGAAGCAAGCAUUCACCUACGACAAUGAAGAUUGAUUCUUUCCGACUUUGAAGUUUCCAUGAGCGGCCCUGCAUAACUGCAAUCUACAAAAGACUUUUAUAGAGCUAAACAGUUUGAGUGAAUUAUGUUCUGUGUAAAUCAUGAUACUGGAAUAUGUUUGCAAUCAUACAACUGGAAUAUGUUCUGUGUAAAUCAUUGAUAGAUUGUGUACAUCCGAUCUAAUUAUGAUGGAAAAUUGGAAUAUUUAGAUGGUCAUCAUUAUGAAUUC